GUUUGUUUCUCGUGCCGCUAUCCCCCAUUCCUGCUCCUGUCCCGUAACCCGUCUCUUCAUGCCGAGUCAAGCCCUUAACUUUUUCACCAAUGUACUAAUCGCGCUAUUCCCAAGUACAGCACGCGACUCUCCUUAUCUCUAGUUAGUGAUCACUUAGAAAUUCCUUUUACCACACGCGCGGCUGGUUUACAUUUUCUCGACAGUUGCCCCGCGAUGGCGUUUCUCUCCAAGCUGCGCUUCCGCCGGUCGACCUCGGCAUCGGGUCGCGACGCAGAAACUGUAGAAAUCGCCGAACGAAGCACCCUCGAAAAUCCCGAAAGAAAAACAGAUCCGAGCGAUGUAUCGUCGCAGUUCGUCGCGCGAUCCUCGUCCGCAUCAGGCGGAGGAGACGGACCGUGCGAGCGUACUACUAUCGACCAUCCGAACGCGUCGCCAUCAACCUCUUCGCACGAAGCGUCGUUUGAGUCGCCUCCGAGUCAAAAGCGUUCGUCGCCCGCGUCGCAGCAGAGUCAGCUUGCGAGUUGCCCAGCGAGCCACGCGACGCUCCUUCUUUCCCCAGACAUGGCGGCUCGGGGGGAAGUUAGUCGUCGCAAGCACGGCAAAUCGCCCCGCAACAGGCAAUGCACGCACUCUAACGUUUUCAGUAACGUAGGCUCUAGUAGUGCGGCUGCAACGGCUGACGGUGGCCGUCAGUUCAGCCGGCAAGACAGCCCAUUAGACGGUCAGGGGGGCACGUCAGCCGGCUCACGUACUCUGUCGCGCGGCAGUCAGGGAAACAGCUUCGAGGAAAGCAGCGUUGCUAGUAUCGAGACGGCUCCGCAGUUUACGAUGGCUACUAUCAGUGACAGCGAUAGUGACUAUAGCGAGGGUAGCAGCACGUCCUCUCAGUCCCUCGUCGAGCGGCGCCGCGGCAGCGCCCUCGCUGUAGUCACAAAGUUGCGCCCGUCCGUGUUCCGCUGGCAGACGAGCGGCGGCGGCGGCGGCGGGCCCGGCGACCCCCCGGCAAGCGCGCAGUCUUUCUUCUCGAAAGCGGUGGCGCCCGCAAAGCCCUCCGCGCAUGCCGCCUCCGCGCGCUUCGACGCCGCGGUGAGGGGGGGUGGCGGAGGGAGAGCGCGCACGCCCACAGGCGCUGCUCGCGCGGGAAGCUUCGACGGUGCGCCGAUGGGCGGAACGGGUGGCUACAUGACAUCCCCGGUAAAGCCGGCGGCGCAGCAGUUUCAGCAGCAAAAGCACCCACUGACGUCGCCAGGACAGGCGUCGCAGGGGUUGCCCGCGACGUCGCAAGCUCGGCGUCCAACGACGCCCACCGCUCUCGCCGCGAGGCCCAUAACGCCGCAGCGAAACGGCAGGCCGCUGACACCCGCCCGUAGUAGGAACACUGGUUCUGAGUCCGCGCCUCAUGAGUGGACCGCACUUGGCGCUACGAAGCCCAUAACGUCGCGACGAGACGGCAGGCCGCUCACGCCGACUCGGAAUGCCACCGGUUUUCAGCAGGCGCCUCGGGAUUUGUCCGCGCUUGACGCCGCGACGCCCCCGGCCGUGGCGCCGCAACGAGACGGCAGGCCGCUCACGCCGACGCGGAGCGCCGCCAGCGUGGCGGCGACGGCAGCCAGAGCGGCGGCGGCGGCGGCGGCUGCGGGCAGGUACAGGUACGCGCCGUCGGAUGCGGUUGGGCCGUCAGCCGCGGUUGCGCCGUCAGGUGCGGUUGCGCCGUCACGCGCGGUGGGGAGGGGCGGAGGGGCAGCGGGGAGGGGAGGGGGAAGCGGCGGCGGGAGGGCUGGGCACAGGCGGAGCGCGUCCGCGUUAAGCGGUUCCUCGUUAAUGGAUUGGGAUGGCGAGAGCAUACAAGGAGCAGGCGGAUGCGUGUGGGGUGCGGGAGCAGGGGAAACAAAGGGAGCAGGGGGAGCAGGGGGAGCAGGUAAAACAAGGGGGGGCGAGGGAGAGUGGCUGGUAACUCGACAGCUACAGGAUUCGCAGCAGCAGCAGCAGCACCAGCAGCAGCACCAGCAGCAGCAGCACCAGCACCAGCAGCACCAGCACCAGCAGCACCAGCAGCAGCAGCAGCAGCAGCAGCAGCGGCAGCAGGGUCGUGCACCCCAGCGGCACCGACGGUCAGGAUCAAUGCAGGCGACGAUCAUGCACAUGCCCACGUCGCCAGUGGCGCUCUGCCAUGCAAACAACCCCGCGGCAACGCCCCCACCAUCGACAUUCGACUCCCAUACGCGUUAUGAGCGGCCUCGCUCCCCCUGUGCGAUGACCAGGAGCCACCAGGGCCCCCCCAGCCCCCUCCCCAUCUUCGCUGCGCCUCAGCUGUCCGCCGCUAGCGGUGGCGCGUCGCCUUGUGGGGGAGCAAGGGCGGGGGGUUGGGGGCGCGGAAGCGGCAGAGCGGGGGGAGAGGGCGGAAUGUGGGGGGAGAGCGGAUUGUGGGAAGAAAGGGGAGUGGAGGUGGGGGUGGGGGUGGGGAGGAGGGAUCAGGAAGGGGGGAUUGUGCGAGCUUGGAGCGGAGAGGGGUUUGUGGCGCCCAGUUCGCGGGGAUGGCGAGGACAGCAGGUAGGGGGAGGAGCGGGGGGGGCAGGGGGAGGAGUGGGGGGUAGAAGGGGGGGGUUGCAGCGCCAGUGGAGUGGGGAGGGGAACAUUCUCCUGCAGGGGCGGGGCGGAGGGGGGGCGGAUGGGGAGGAGGGGGGGGGAGAAUGGGCGGAGAGGGAAUUGGGGCGAAGGGGGUCCAGUGGUAAGGGCAGCGGAAAUGCGAGGAGCCCCUUAGGGGAUGAAGAGAGGGGGGGUUUUAGGUGGGAUGAUUCGGAAUGUGGCUCUAGCAGGGGCGAAGCAAGGGGUUACAUUGAGCGGAGGGUGAGUGGGGAGGGGGAUAGGCAUGUGGGGAGGAAGGGAAGCGGGGAGGGAAGCGAGAGUAACUUAAGACGGGGAUCAAGUGGAGAAGGGAACAGGAAUGGGGCGAGGAAGGCGAGCUGGGAAGGGGGCGAGCAGAACGUAAGGCGGAGUUUUAGUGGAGAGGGGAAUCCGUACCUAGAGAGACGAUUAAGCGGCGAAGGGAGGAGGUAUUUGGAGCGGCCGCAGAGUAAAGGGAGCAGAGGGGAGGAGAGGAGAGAGAGGGAAGGGUCGACAGAGGGACAUAUGCGGAGGAGGGGGAAGAGGAGGAGAGGGGGGAGGGGGGGGAGGGGGGGAGGGGGGGGAGGGGGGGGAGGGGGUGCAGGGGGAGCAGGAGGCGGGCACGGGGGGAGAGGAGGCGGAACGGGAGGGGUAGCAGUGGGGAGGGAGGAGGGGGGGCAAUGGGAAGCCAGGCAGGAGCACCAGAUCCCAGAGUGUGUGUCAAGUGCUGGAGGGCUUCGGCCAUCUGAGCGGCGGUUAAGUGGCGAUGGGAACAUGUACUUAGACCGAGGAAUGGGUUUUGAGUCGACUCAAAAGUCACCACAUGGGCUUAGGCCGGCUGAGCGGAGAUCAAGUGGCGAUGGAAGCAUGUACUUCGACCGAGGACCGAGGGCUGUGGACCGAGGCACGGCUAGAGAGGUAGUUAGUAGGAAGCACCUGGAGAGAAGCUGGAGCGGGGAGGGCGGCAUGUUCUUAAACGGGCGGGGAUUAAAAGGAGGGGGAUCAGGCGGGGAUGGAGAGAGUGGGUAUGACAAUAGGGGGGCUUUAAGUGCGAAUGCUAGUCCGCAGCGGUGUGCAUACCGGGGCAUUAUGGCUGCUGCUGACUUGCUGCAGGGAGAGGGAGCAGCAAGGCGGGCGGCCCUGCUAGAAAUGCUCAUGGAUGGGGAUAGUAGUAGCGGUGAUGGGGAUGCUGAUGGCGAUGGUGCUGGUGCUGGUGCUGGUGCUGGCGCUGGUGCUGGUGCUGGUGCUGGUGCUGGUGCUGGGGGCAGUGGUUUUGCUGUUGGUGCGUCUGCUGCCUUUAGUGGUGCUGUUGGUGCUGAUUCUACGGCAACCACUGGUGCGAGUGACCGUGUGCGGGGCGCGAGCAGCAGUAUGGUGUUGGAUGAUUCUCCUGGGUUGGAUGGGUUGGCGCACCCUGCUGUCGCGCAUGAGACGGCGGCUUCGGAAGGGGGGAUGGGGAUGCACGGGGUGGGAGGGAGGAGACAGCAGCAGCAGCAUUGGCAGCAGCAACACCAUCAGCAGCAGCAGCAGCAGCAGCAGCAGCAUCAGAAGCCUUUGCUGACUAUGGAGCAGAUGCUGUGGAACAUUGGGAGCUCCAGUAACAAGCAGCAAAGCCAGCCGCAGCAGCAGCAGCAGCAGCAGCAGAACCAGAAGCAGCCCCAUCAGCAGCAGCGGCGAACAAAUCAAAGAGACAAAUCCCCGGUGCGACUGGCUCUGGGAUUGAGAGGGAUUGCCGCUGCUAUGAAAGGGGGAGGGGGCGGAUCAGUGGCAGGGACGGCAGCAGGGGGAGGAGAAGACGGGGGUUUGCAGCAAACUAGUGAGCGAAGGGCACUGUCUGUUGCUGCUGCGCCUGCUGCUCUAUCCAACCACAGCAGCAGCAGCCGCAACCUGGGAGCUGCUGCUGCUGCCUCUUCCCCCCACCAAUCCCCCCUCAUCUCACCCCACCUCUCCCCAAACCCCCUCACUCCCCCCCACCUCUCACCAGCGCCAUCCCAACAAAGCAGCCGCAACCAGGGUGGUGCUGACUCUUCCCCCCACCGCUCCCCCCACCACUCUCGAGCACCUGUGAGGCACAGCAGCCACAAUCUCGCUGCUGCUGCUGCAGAUUUUUUCAGGAGAGAAGAAGAAGAGGAGGAGGAGAGGAGGAGGAGGAGGAAGGGGAAAACUGGAAGAGUGGAGGGGAGAGGUGUAGCCGAGAGUGGGGGGGAGUUGGAGCCGCCUCACAGGUCGAGUCUGUCAGGGAGGGAAGGCAUUUAUGAGUCACCUCACAAGGCGCGUGCAGAAGGGAGGGUGGGUAGCCUGAGGGCAGAAAAGGUCUCUUCUUCUGCCUCGCACUCCCCUGGUAAGCUGAGGAAAGGCGCUCCUGUGGUGGUAGGGGGGGGGAGGACGGUUAUAGGAAGAGAGGCGGAGGUGGGGAGAAGGGGGAGGCGGAGGGGGGAGGGGGACGGGGAGGGGGACGGGGAGAGGAAAGGGGGGAGUAGAGGAAGUGUGGCGCUUGUGGGGAAGGUUCAGACGGAUUUGAGAGUGGGGAGGGGAGGGGGGGAGGGGAUGGAGAGGGGGCGGGAAGGGGUGGGGAGGAGGAGAGGGGGAGGGGGAGUGGGAGGGGGAGGGGGGGCAGGAGGGGGAAUGGGAGGGGGAGGGGCGGGGAGGAGAGGGAAAGCUGGGGCUUUGAGAGAGCGGGCAGAUGAUGACUUCGUGAUUGUGGAGUAUGAUAUCGCUGCCAUCACCGCCAACCGACUGAUGAAGCUGUUAAACCCCAGGCGCAAGUCGAGGGAUGUGCUGCCAGAGGUGGGGGAUCAGAUGCAGCAGCAGCAGGGGCAGGGGCAGCAGAGGCAGGAGAAGCAGGAGAAGCAAGGGCGGCUGUGGAAGCAGGGGUCGGGAUUAAGCCAGAUUGGGAGUGCUGGUGGUGGUGGGUUAGCCGGACCCGGCAAGAAGGGCAUGUUUGGGAGGUCAAAGAAGGGAGCCGAGGAAGCAGCAGCCGGGAGCGAGGGACAUAGACGAGGGACGGCUGCUGCUGAAGACGCUGUGCCACCAGCAGCAGACCUCGCCCCUUCGAGAAAUAAUGCCAUAGUCAACAGCAUUCUAGCGAACAGCACCUUAGGGUCAAAGAUCAAGUUCGGGGGGUUGCAUCCGUGGGAGCACGUUUUGCGCAAGCCGUAUGGCGCCCUGAGUGCGCGAUACGUGCUGCACGAGGAGGAGAUAGGGUCGGGGCAGUACGGGGUGAUACGAAAGUGUGUGGCGAUCGACACGCGCAGGGUGCUGGCGUGCAAGACAAUCGGGAAGGCGCAUGUCAAGACCCAGUACGAGGCGGAUGAUAUACGAGCAGAGGUGGCAAGCAUGCAGGUGCUGCAGGGCCACCCCCAUAUAGUCACUUUGGAGGAUGUGAUUGAAGACGACACGAGCGUGCACCUAGUCAUGGAGCUCUGCAAGGGAGGGGACCUGCUGGAUCGGAUAACGGAGCGAGGGGUGCUGUCUGAGCGGGUGGGCGCACACCUCUGCAGGUGCGUGGCAGAAGCCCUCCUGCACUGCCACAGGCACGGCGUGGUGCAUCGGGACAUCAAGCCAGAGAACAUUCUGCUACUGGACGACACUGCGCUGUCCAAGAUGAAGCUGGUGGAUUUUGGAAUAGCACGCUUCUUCGAGGAAGGCGAGCAGUUCACCGACAUAAUGGGAACCCCCGAGUACAUGGCGCCGGAGGUGUGGGACGGGUGCUACGGCCCGGCGGUGGAUGUGUGGAGCACGGGAGUGGUGAUGUACAUCGCCAUGUCGGGCGUGCCACCAUUCUGGGCCGCGUCUCAGCGCGACAUGGAGGCGGCUGUUAGAGAGAGGGAGGCGAGCUUUCGGCUGGCCGUGUGGGGGGAUGUGUCGGACAGCUGUAAGGACCUGAUUGGCCGCAUGCUGGUGAAAGACCCGAGGAGGAGGAUCACCCUGCUGGAAAUUCUUGGCCACCCUUGGCUGCAGCACCACGCCAAGAGUUGACGGCUUGAGCCGCCUUUUCGACUUUCUACCUGACACUGAUCAUAGGGAGGGACUAUCAAAGAAGCUUAGGAUAGGAACUACACUUAGGAACCUAGCUUAGCUAGGAAGGAAGGAAGGACGCCAUGGAAUGGCAUGAGGCAAGUAGAUCUAGGAGUAGGCAAAAGUGACGAGAAAGAAGAGGGUUGGACUAGGAAGAGAGAGAGGUACAAGGAGGGGAUUGUACCCUCUACAGAAAGGUUCAGUAACACUACCAAGCCUAUCAAUU